AUGUCGCCCUCCACACCCUACAAAUCAAGGCUGCUUGACUCCAAGGACUUUCGCGUUGUCCGUGUCGCUGCCGGCCGGUGGCAUGACCCGAUUCGGUGCACGCUGAUCAACCGUAAGCUUGGUGAAGAGUCCAAGGGCCGCCCAUACAAAGCGCUGUCAUAUGUUUGGGGCUCCUCUUCGGUGACAGACAUAAUCUUUCUCCAAGAUCAGCCGAUUCGAAUCACAUUGAAUCUGUUCUGCGCUUUGCUAUACCUUCGAAACGCCGAGGAGGAUAUUUUUCUAUGGGUAGACGCAUUGGUGGGCUUCGAUCUGAUCACCUUCAUUUACAACGAGGAGCGAAGUCUGCAAGUCAGCAUUAUGCAGCUUAUUUACAAGAAUGCUGAACAGGUCAUUGUGUUCAUGGGUGAUGGGCGUGGCCACAGGGUCAACCGCUCCUUGUUAAAAGAGCCACCGCCUUCGCCGACCAUCACCUUGCACGGAGAUAAAGAGGAUAAAGCAUUCUUGACUGAUUUUAUGAGUAUAUGUCGUUCCAGCGGCCCCAAGGAACUGAGCUCAUCUCUCACGGCUGCCGCCUGCGCCAUUGGCCUCAUACGCCUAUUCUCAGAUCAAGAUACUGUACAGCAAGCCUAUUUUGAGCUAUCGAGACUGGAUGAAAGCGUCAUGAGACAUUUGUUUGAGUGCCUCAGAGCCUUCGUUGUCUGCCCGUGGUGGAGGAGGAUCUGGGUCGUCCAGGAGAUCACAGUGGGCACUGCUCCCAUCAUCCAGUAUGGCACAAUUACGGCACACUGGAAAGUCUUUGUUCUAGCUGCGAAGUUUUGGUCUUUGGCAGGUACCGGAUACUUGAGAGGCAUGGCAGCCAUUGGGACAGAGAAUGUGAAGGUCUUCACACGGUUCGCUAAUCAAUUAUCCAGCCUGGAGCGAACCAGAAGCAAAUGGCUUGCAGACGGUGGAGCCGAUCUUGUUCGCAUUCUUCAGGAAUUUUCCGAUCGGGAAGCCAGUGAUGAUCGUGAUAAGGUCUACGGGCUUCUCAGUCUCGCGAAACAGGGUCCCCGGUCUAUCAGGCCCGAUUACAAACUCGACGUUUAUGAGACCUACCGAGCCACAGCUCUAUCCCUUAUCCGUGAUGGACAGUCUCUAGCCUGCUGGGCCGGCGACCAGAAACGCAAGUUUCAUCGAGGGCUUCCCUCCUGGAUUCCCGAUUGGAGUGCCGCCCUCGAUCCUGGAGACAAACGCCGUAUGGACUUUAUCGACAACUACAACGCAAACAGCGGAUGGACUCUUCAAUUCGUCGAGGACGAGUUAAGCUAUUGGAUCACGGUCGAAGAACAAAUGAAGCAACUUAUGGAGAGCUCAACUAGUCGCUCUGUACGGCUACCACAGUCAUUAGGGCACUUCGUGAUUCAGUACAUGGCAUUUCUCAAGCAACGGGACAGAUCACUACCUUUCAAGGUCGAUGCAGAUGACUUACGUGAGUCAGGUGUGGACCGACUGGAAUGGAACGAGCAGCACGGAAUCGUUUCUCGCUCGAAUCUGAACCACCUGAAAUGGUGUCAACUGCGGGGGAUUAGUCCUCGCUCCGGGAUGAGCCUACUAUCGAGAUGGAUAGAUGACUUGGAGAACUGGUUCGAGGCAAAACCGCAGGAUGAUUCGGUAAAAUAUAAAGAAAUUCACGUGGAAAUUCGUCGGCAUCUGCGAGAUCUGGGUGUUGCAGUAGAGGACACAAACCUUGAAAUGGCACGCAGGAAAUCGGACGCCGAGCUUGCCCUCCUAGAGAUUGAAUCCAUCAUUUUGACCACUCCUUUAGACUGCGUCGAUGCUGUUGGAUCACGACUACUAGGUUGGGCCGACACGAAGUCAGCGAUGUCCACCUUGGCUUCCUGGCUUCAUCUUCCGGACCCCAACGUCGUCUUUAGGUCUGAUGAUGAUGAAGAAGAAAUAUGGCUGGACCCUGGGCGCGUACGGCCGUUCGCGAAGACCAUUAUAGGUGGCAUCUCUUGCCUUGGUGUUCGAUCCCGGAAUGCGAAUGAAGUCGACUUUGCCCCCCUGGAGAAUUGGGUGCGGCAAUCCCUGGCGGUCGAGGACUUUGCCGUGCCUCCGAGUCCCUUCUUCGAAGCUGUACAGGAUGCCACAGAUGGCCGCGUCUUCUUCUUGACCAGGGAUGGUUCAAUGGGCCUCGGGCCUGCGUCGAUGCAGAAUGGAGACACGAUUCACAUUCUUCCUAGUGGGCGCACGCAUUUCGUCCUUCGAAAGAAAAUCGCAGAUAUAGACUUCCCGAAUUUGGAUGACCCGAGGUGGAUAAAGGAUUUAAAGUACGCGCAAUAUGAACUCAUUGGCGAUUGUUACCUGCAUACCGAUGACAGGCUCGAAAACCAAUUUUCGAGCGAGGAGGAACCGGUUGUCGAAGGAUCUCUCCCCUUUGAGCUGCUUGGAACUAGCUACUUGAAGAGUAUGUCACUGGAAAGGAAAACUAUCAUGUUGGUAUGA